AUGUCGGCCGACACAACCUGUUCUUGGAAGCAAAAUUGGUGUUGGCCUGGAACUUGUGAGGGGUAUUUGGCCAAAAACUGUGCUUGUGACGAUGGGUUUUCUUUGUCAUCGAGAGGCUCCACCAAAAUCUGUGAUUUAAAUAUUUCUCCAACUUUGCUCACUUGUCGACUAGGAGUAGAAAGCAAUGCCGGAGAAGUAAAGAAUUCAACAUCUACAGGAUCCUGCCUGGAAGAAAAGUCGAAUUUUAUGAAUUUUCAGCCAGAGCAUUCUUCAUUUGUUUUUGAAUUUGCAUUGAAUGUUCAUGUUUCAGCACCAAAACCGGAUCGGAUUUAUGAUUAUUCAUUCGGCAUUGUAAAAGCUUCAGUAUCAGUGUCCAGAAUGAACAUACAUAGAACACGCACACAGCUCCGAGUACUUGAACCUCAUCAGUUUAACAGAUGUACCUUCAAUGGGUUUAGGAAUACCAACCCAUAUGGAAGUGUUAUAUCAUGCAAAAUGAAUUUUGAGACACCGUGGCAUUUUGAAGACGGAGAACGGUUCUGUUUGGAAUUCACGUCCUAUGUCGGUGGAUACCUUCGAACUAAAGAUUUUUCAGGAACAAUAUCACAAUACCACAUUUAUAAUUCUACAGAGGCAUCACAUGAAGUAUGCAUGAUGUACGACUCUUCUCCGCCAAAACAUUGUUCAGAAAAUAGUACCUGUUUACAUAAUGAAACACUGAUUAUAGAAGAUCGCAUAACAAAAUCUAGAAAUUUGAGGAUUUCAGUGGCAGGCUGGCAUGAUUCUCACCCAUGGCCAUUGACGGCUAAUGAAGCUUCCGGUGUCGACAGCUAUUUCCUUACUAUACACGAAAUACUUGAAAUUGAUUCAUUAACACUCACAAUGGAUGAAAGGUCUUUGCUGAGUUAUAAACUUACACGUGAUAUUAAUGUUAUACAGUUGCCUGAUCGACAACCGGCGCUAUAUGGGCUUAGUUUAAAAGUUGGUGAUAAAGCAGGGAACUUCAAAUUGGCUAGGCGAUUUGUAUUGUUUGACAUUUCGUCAAAAAUUAAAACCAAUCGCGUCUGCAAAGUAACUGUGUCAUCUGGAAAUCCUGCAACAAAUUUCACAUGGCAAAUAAACCAUGGGGAAAUAUGCAUUAACUGGUCUGGAAGAUACUACAAUAGUUUCAAUGUUCACUUCAACAUACUUCGAAAAAUCAAACCAGAUUUUUAUAAAUUGUAUAGCGGAGUAUAUGAGCAGCUUGAAGGCCAACUCCCAGUCAGUGGAACGCCAAAUGUGAAUGGAAUUAUUGAGUUUCUCUAUGUCAUCAAAAGAAAUAAAGAAAUGUUACUGAACAACUCGGUUUCAAAUAUCUUUAAUCAAUCCUUUUGUCAUUUGCUGGAAUCUAAGGAUGGUGAGGUGUACGAUAUUACACUUACAGCAGUCGAUAUAAUAGGCAACCGUUUAAGUGAAUCACUGGUUGUUCGUAUGGAUUCAAGUGGUCCUGAAAUACAUUUUAUAAAGGAUGGCUCGCACCAGUCGUCGGAAAAUGUAACAAAUAAUCCAAAAUUAACAUUUGAAAUCCUGGAUGAACACAGUGGACUGUAUUCGGUAAAUUGGACAUUAGGUACCUCAGUAGGAAGUGCAGAUUUAGGCGCUGGAAAUCUUCCUGUUGUGCCUCAAUCGCAGAACUCCUGCGACCGUUUGAGCCUCUGUUAUUGUCCAGAGACUGGGAACUGCGAAAAGUAUUCGUAUACUGUUAACGCGUUUGAACACAGAUUCAAGAAUUCAGAUGAAACUCAUAAAACAAGUUAUUUUCUUACAAUUAAUGCAAUGAAUCACGCACUAUUGCUAUCAUCUUUAUCAAUGGAAAUCAAAGUGGACAAAUGCUUAACUAACAUAUGUCUAAAUGGAGGAAUAUGUUUCGUAGUGAACAGUAGCAAUGAAUGUUCGUGUCCGAAUACUCAUCAUGGAUCUCGUUGUCAAAACGCAUGCAUCAGACCAAAGCAUUGUGAGGAAUACGAGUGUACAUCGGCAGAAGAUUAUGUGUGUAAAAAGUGUUACGGAGAAGGGGCUACUCCUGAAAAAUCAGCAUAUUUUAUUUCCACAGAUAAGAAAAGCUACACGGAUUUAAUACCACCGCAAUUCGUCAACUGCCCCUCAGAUAAGAUACAGAAAUAUGAUUCAGGAGAAGGUUCCUAUGUAACAUGGGAACCAAUACACGCUGUGGACAAUGCUGGCAACCUGAGUCUCUCAAGCAAUAUAAAAAAUGGGGAUUUCCUUAUAUUUGGUAGUCAUCGUGUUAUCUAUAAUGCGACUGAUGAUUCUGGGAACAUAAAUACUUGUAACUUCGAAGUAAAAGUGACGAAGAUAAAAG